GUGUGUGUGUGCGUUCUGUGCUGAGAGAUGGAGGGCAAUUGUAGUCACAGCAGACACUGGAGGACGUGAGUGCUGGACAGAAGCUGGGGAGAGGCACAGCAGGGCUGACUAUGAGGCCUCAAGAGCUGCUAUUGCUGCUCCUGAUGCUAAAGUGGUCGUUAGCACACACGGAGGACCCUGCCUUCCCACACUUGGGUGACAGCUCACAGCCCCUCCCGAGGCCCUGUCCUUGGCGCUGCUCUUGUCCCCGAGAUGACACGGUGGACUGUGCUGGUCUGGACCUGAGAAUAUUUCCAGACAAUAUCACCAGAGCUGCUAGGCACCUCUCCUUGCAGAACAACAGGCUUCAGGAGCUCCCCUACAACGAGCUGUCUCGCCUCAGCGGCUUGCGCACCCUGGACCUGCAUAGCAACCUCAUCACCUCUGAGGGCCUGCCUGAUGAGGCCUUUGAGUCCCUCAGCCAGCUAGAGAACUUCUAUGUGGCCCACAACAAGCUUUCUGUAGCGCCCCAGUUCCUGCCACGCUCCCUGCGUGUCGCUGAUCUGGCUGCCAAUGAAGUGGUGGAGAUCUUUCCUCUCACCUUUGGGGAGAAGCCUGCACUCCGGUCUGUGUACCUCCACAACAACAGACUGAGGAACACCGGGUUGCCACCUAACACCUUCAACGGCUCGGAGGCUAUUACCACCUUAAGUCUUUCCAGCAAUCAGCUCAGCUACCUACCACCCAGCCUACCAGCCUCCCUGGAACGGCUUCACCUGCAGAACAAUCUUAUCUCCAAGGUGCCCAGAGGAGCACUGAGCCUCCAGACUCACCUCCGUGAGUUGUAUCUCCAGCAUAAUCAGUUGACAGACAGUGGCCUGGAUGCAACCACCUUCAGCAAGCUGAGCAGCCUUGAGUACCUGGACCUGUCCCACAACCAGCUGGCCACAGUACCCGAGGGUCUACCGGGAACUCUGACCAUAUUGCACCUGGGUCGCAACUGCAUCCGGCACGUGGAAGCUGUAAGGCUGCACAAAGCAAGGGGUCUGCGCUACCUGCUGCUGCAGCAUAAUAAGCUGGGGGCCUCAUCGCUGCCCAAGGGGACGCUGAGGCCUCUGCGAGCCCUGCACACGUUGCACCUCUAUGGCAACAAGCUGGAGCGUGUGCCUCCCGCAUUGCCCCGCCACUUGCAGGCCCUGGUGAUGCCCCACAACCGCGUGGCCGCGCUGGGUGCGCGGGAUCUGGUCUCAGCAAGAGCCUUGGCGGAGCUCAACCUGGCCUACAACAGCUUGGCCAGCGCACACGUACAUCCCAGCACCUUCCGCCGCCUGCGCGCCCUACGCAGCUUGGACCUGGCUGGUAACCAGUUGACCCGGCUGCCUGAAGGCCUGCCCGCCAGUUUGCGCUCGCUGAGACUGCAACGCAACCAACUGCGGACUCUGGAGCCAGAGCAGCUCGCCGGCCUGAAUAAGCUGCGGGAACUGAACUUGGCACACAAUCGGCUCCGCGUGGGCAACAUUGGGCCUGGCACCUGGCACGAGCUGCAGGCACUUAAGGUGCUGGACCUGAGCCACAAUGAGCUAUCUUUUGUGCCCCCUGAUCUGCCUGAGGCCCUGGAGGAGCUACACCUGCAGGCUAACCGUAUCAGUCAUGUGGGCCCAGAGGCCUUCCUCAGCACUCCCCACCUGCGUGCCCUCUUUCUCAGGGCUAACAGGCUUCAUAUGACCAGCAUCGCAGCCGAGGCCCUUCAGGGGCUUACACACCUUCGUGUGGUAGACACUGCAGAAAAUCCGGAACAGGUCCUGGUCCAGCUGCCACGCAGGGGCAAGGAGCCCUCAGCCCUGGAGGGCGGGGAAAGGGGGGUAGGUGGCCAAGUAGCCCUGGCCUAAGCUCUGAGACUGUGGACUAAGAAAGCUCUCAGCUGUGGCCUUAGAGGCUGUGCCUGUCCUGCCCAGAGCUGGCCAAAGCAGUAAGAACAGGUGUCUACUGUAAGAGGUGGUUAGGGGCUGAAGCAGGAAGCAUGUGGACUUGAACGUUCUGGGGCACAGACUACACCCUCCAGCACAGAUGGUGAUGAGAAAAUAAAGCAGAUGCCCUCUCAUGUUAACAGGGGACUCAGUCCCAGUGAGCCCGACCCAUCUCUUCCCCACAUCUCAAAGGAGCGUCUCUU